AUGCUCCUCCCUAUCGUACUUCUCUCGCACUUCGUACACUACGCCUAUACCUUCUCAAUACCACCUCUCCCACACUUGAAUAGCUUUGCAAGCGCCAGCCAUACGCAGCAGCAGCAACAACCGCUCCAAGAGACUCUCGAAGCAUGGAUAGAAAAAGAGGAGCGAGUAGCACUGGACAAGCUACUUGCCAAUGUCGCGCCGGGGGGUAGAAAUGUUGUAGGGAAGGGUGUGGCAGACGGUACGGUCGUUGCGAGUCCGAGUCAGGACGGGCCAGAUUAUUGGUAUCAAUGGGUGCGAGACGCCGCAAUAACAAUGUCCUCACUCGUGGACAUAUACGCCAGCGACCCCACCUCCUCGCGCUCAUCACAGCUUUCUACCAUCCUCGACGCCUACGCAUCCCUGCAACGCCAAAUCCAACAAACCUCCAACCCUUCGGGCACAUUCGACGACCUGUCUAGCCUCGGCGAACCAAAAUUCGCAGUCGACGGUACUCCAUUCAAGGGCUCGUGGGGAAGGCCACAGCGUGACGGGCCGGCUCUGCGGGCCUUGACUUUGAUGCGAUAUCUGAGGGAGUACAAUGCCAGCCAUCCUGCGUUCUGGUCUUCAAUCGAGGCCACCGACUUCUUUGGGCAAUAUUACGAAGCGGCGAUGCCACCAAACAGUGUAAUCAAAGCGGAUUUGGAAUACGUCAGCCACUAUUGGAACCAUUCCGGGUUCGAUCUGUGGGAAGAGAUUGAAGGAUCACAUUUCUUCACUCUGAUGGUCAGUGCACGAAGCUUACGCGACGGAAGCGAUCUUGCGAGCGUCUUUGGAGAUGUAGGGGCAGCGGAAUGGUACGACGAGCAGGCGGGAUACAUUGAGAACCUUUUGCGCAAGUUCUGGAACCCAAAGAAAGGCCAUUUGGUCGAAACGCUCUGGAGUAAGCGGAGUGGCUUGGACUGCGGCCUACUUCUCGGCUCUUUACACGCGUUGCCCACGGAUGGAACGGACGACGAGGCUGUGUAUCCGCCCUGGUCCGAUGAAAUCCUCGUAUCCCUCCUCGCGCUUACUCGUGACCAAAGAGAUCGCUUUCCAAUCAACAGCAAGCCUUCCGAAGACCAAGACGAUGAUGCGGACGAGUUUUCGUUUGAGGGCAUAGGAAUCGGUCGUUACCCGGAAGACGUGUACGACGGCUACGGGACCUCUCAUCGCGGCGGCAAUCCCUGGUUCUUAUGCACGUCCAGCGCCGCUGAGAUACUGUACCGCACCGCAGCACACGUCUCGAUAGCUUCCAACCUGACCAUCUCGGAGAUCGGCUUACCUUUCUACGAAGCCCUCCUCGCGACCUCAUCCCUCGAUGUGGAAACAGGCACGUUCGGCCCGUCCGACGCUGUUUUCCAUUCCAUCAUCGAGCGCCUCCAAGCGACGGGUGACCAGUUCCUCGACGUCGUCAAGACGCAUGUUGAUACUGAGGGGAGUAUGAGCGAGCAGUUCGAUCGCGUGACGGGGUAUAUGAGGGGUGCGGAAGAUCUCACGUGGAGUUAUGGGGCGUUCUUGCAGGCUGUGAGGGCGCGGACGGUGGUGAAGGGGUUAUGA